AAAUAAACUGCAUUCCCGCGCAGUUGAAUCGGUUUAAGAGGACGUCCACAUUCACGGAUAAUCAAACAAAAUGGACGAGCUUUAUUUGGAUAAUAUCGACGAAUUUGUCAACGACCACAACAAGAUAGUGACCUAUAAAUGGCUGAGUCUAACACUUGGAGUCCAUGUCAACACAGCUAAACAAAUGCUCUACCAUUACCUGGAUCACAAGAGGAAGGAGAGUUCAGCUCAGCUCCACGCCACCUAUCUUGUGUCGGGGAAGUUUGUCGACAAAGGCCAAGCGAGCCACAAGGUGUCAGUUGUAAGAGAAGAGCAGUUGGAAGAUUUCAAAGCAAAGAUGAGCUUGAUAGUCAGUGUCCACAUCUACAGUGUCCAGAAAGCUCUACUGAAAGACAGCGGCCCCCUCUACAGCGUUGACUAUGAUGCUGUGAAAGACAAUCUUAAGAACUGCAGCAAAUACAGUGCGAUCCGCUGUGCCAGUGCGGUGCCCAUGUCUUCUCUGGAGCUGCAGCAGACGAGAGAAAUGCAACGGGCUCCCACACCAGAGCCAGCAGCAAAAAAAUCUAUCCUGAAUGGAGAAGCUAAUGCAGCUUCAAAACCAUCCACCAAGCCACAAAAAGGCAUCAUGGGAAUGUUUGCAAAUAAAGCUACUCCCAAGAACCAGGACAGCAGCAAAGAGGUUAAGUCGGAACAGAAGGAGGAUGCACCUGUGAUCGAUGCCCCCAAAAGCAAACCAGCUGCAAAGGCCAGUCCAAUGAUGAACUUCUUUGGGAGUCAAACAGCAAAAAAACCUGACAAAACAGUGAAGGAGGAAGAAGCAGCUCAGUCCUGUGCAGCAGAGCAGCAACAUCAGAGUUCACAACCUGAAGACAAGCAAGAAGCUGCUGCAGUGGAAUCACUAAAAGAUGUUAAGAAAGACUCCAGGAGCAAAACCAAGCGAAUUGAAAAUUCUGACAGCGAGGAGGAAAAAAUGGAGAAGAAAAAGAGACGGAGGAUUAAGAAACCUGAACCAGACAGCAGUGAUGAAGACGUCAUUCCAGAUUCUCCACAGCAGAUGGAAACAAGAGAACCAUCACCCAGACCUGAAAAGGAGAUCGAGUCCGUUUCACAUUCACGUCAGGGUCACUCUGAAAUGAAGACGAGGAAAAGGAGACGAGUCCUGAAAUCUCGUACCUUUGUGGAUGACGAAGGAUGCAUUGUGACUGAGAAAGGCUACGAGAGUGAGUCGUACUCUGAGACAGAAGAUGAUGUUCAGGCAAACAAACAAGCUCCAAAGGAUCCCAUCCCAGCAAAACUACCAGCAAGUAACAAAGAGGACGAGAAGAAAAGUCAGAGGAAAACGUCUGCUAACGCCAAUAAAGGAGCUAAACAAGCUUCCAUUAUGGGAUUUUUCCAAAAGAAAUAACAGAAGACGGCACCAGACACUUUGGUCAGCACUGAGGAACAACAUGUACUGCCACAGACUUCCUGUACAAAUCUUCACUGACUCUUAGAAACACGUCGUAUGGACAGUUUUUAAGGAAUACAAAUCACUUCUCAAAUGCACUUCAACACAUGGACGAGUUCAGUUCAGGAUGAUAGACAAUUUAAUUUUUCACCAUCAACACUGUAUAAUGUGAAUACAAGACUUAGUUAAUAAACAUUGUUGGAAA